AUGAACAGGGAGAGGACAAGGAGAGAGGAGGAGAAGGAGAGAAGAGAGCAGGGGGAGGAACAGGGGAAGGAGAGAGGAGAAGGAGGAAGGGGAGCAGGGAGAGAUGAGAGCAGGAAGAGGAGGAGGAGAAGGAGAGAGGAGAGCAGUGAAUGGAGCAGGAGGAGAAAAGAAGAGAGCAGGGAGAGAAGGAGGAAGAGGGGAGAGAAGGAGGGGAGAGGAGAAGAGAGGAGCAGGAGGAGGAACAGAGAGAAGGAGAGAAGAAUAGGAGGAAGAGCA